GAGCCACCAGUCAGUACACAACAACCGUCAGGAUGAAAACGUUCGCGCUUCUAGUUGCCCUGUUCGCCGUCGCCAGCGCCGAAUGGAUCGAUAUCGAUUGGUCCCAGGUGCGCCCGAUCGAGGAGUUCGAUCACUACUGGGCUCGCCUGCCGGCUGAGCUGCAGGUCUACCGCACGAAGCUGCCGUCGCACCGCAUCACCAAUGGCCAGGAGGCUACGCCCGGCCAGUUCCCGUACCAGAUCGCUCUGCUGAGCAACUUCGCGACCGGUACCGGUCUGUGCGGUGGCUCCGUCCUCACCAACAACUACAUCCUGACCGCUGCUCACUGCGUCAUCUCGGGCGCUACGACCCUGGCCACGAGCGGUACCGCCAUCAUGGGAGCUCACAACCGCAACGUGAACGAGCCCACCCAGCAGCGCAUCGGCUUCACCUCCGCUGGCAUCCGUGCCCAUCCGGGAUACAAUCCGACCAACAUCCGCAACGACAUUGCCGUCGUGCGCCUGAACUCUCCGAUCACCUUCACCGCUCGCAUCCAGCCGGUCCGUCUGCCGGCCCGCUCGGACACCCGCCAGUUCGGUGGCUUCACCGGUACCGUGUCCGGAUUCGGACGCACCACCAACACCGGCGCUACCUCGCCCGUCGUGAUGUUCACCAGCAACCCGGUCAUGACCAACGCUGACUGUAUUGCGCGCUGGAACACCGCCCUGAUCCAGCCCCAGAACGUGUGCCUGAGCGGAGACGGUGGUCGCUCGUCGUGCAACGGUGACUCGGGUGGCCCGCUGACCGUGCAGUCCGGUGGAAGCCUCCAGAUCGGUGUUGUGUCGUUCGGAUCGGCUGCCGGUUGCUCGAUCGGUAUGCCGUCGGUGUACGCCCGCGUGUCCUUCUACCUGGACUGGAUCGAUGCCAACUCGGACUUCAACGCCCAGCCUUAAGCUCUUCGCUGUACAAAAGAUGCAUUAAAUAUCAACGAUUUACUUUACACCUGAAAA